UGAAAGCUUUUUUGCAUGCCCUUUCUCAACAGCCACAUCAUGAAUGAACUGAUAGAGACGGAGAGGCUGUACGUGGAAGAGCUACAGAGCAUCAUAGAGGGAUAUGCCGCUGCACUGGAUGACCCCGAGCUGAUCUAUUUGAUCCCACCUUCUCUGGAAAACAAGAAGGAAGUUCUCUUUGGAAAUCUGCCUGAAAUUUACGAGUUUCACCAGAAGACUUUUCUCAAAGAGCUAGAAAAUUCUACGGAGAAGCCGGAGUUAGUAGGAACAUGUUUUUUGAAGCGGAAGGAAGAGUUACAAAUUUAUGAGAAAUAUUGUCAGAAUAAGCCACGAUCGGAGGCUUUGUGGCGGCAGUGUGGGGACAGUAUGUUCUUUCAGGAGUGUCAAAAAAGGUUGGACCACAAGCUUUCAUUAGAUGCGUAUCUGCUAAAGCCUGUGCAGAGAAUCACCAAGUACCAGCUGAUGUUAAAGGAGAUGCUGAAGUGCAGUAAGAACUCAGAGGGCACCGCAGAGCUGGAGGAAGCUCUGGCCACAGUGCUGGAUAUCAUCAAAUCAGUCAACGACUCCAUGCAUCAGAUCGCCAUCACUGGUUUUGAGGGCAAUCUGAAUGAUUUGGGAAAACUGCUCAUGCAGGGGUCAUUUAAUGUUUGGACAGACCACAAGAAAGGUCACAGUAAAGUGAAGGACUUGGCACGCUUCAAACCCAUGCAGAGACAUCUCUUCCUCUACCACAAAAUGCUUUUGUUCUGCAAGAAACGUGAGGAGACAUCAGAUGGCCAUGAGAAAUCCCCCUCCUACAGUUUCAAGCACUCAUUAAAGAUGAGCUCAGUGGGAAUCACAGAAAAUGUAAAAGGAGACAUCAAGAAGUUUGAAAUCUGGUACAAUGGCAGAGAGGAAGUUUACAUUGUUCAGGCCCCUUCGAUGGAAGUGAAGAACACUUGGGUGUCAGAGAUCCGCAAAGUCUUAACAAGCCAGCUGGAAGCCUGCCGAGAAGCCAGUCAACUCCAUCAGAAGAUUACAGAGAACAUCUACCAUGCUCCUAUGAGAAAUAUGCGCAAAACAGCUCUCCGGCAGUCUGACUCUUCCAGUCCUGAAACAGGCUACAGGCGUGGAGAUACAGGCCCAAAUAUGCGUCAAAAACGAGCUAACGCUUCGGCCAACCUCGGCUCGGAGCGAUCUGCUCUCGCUAGAAAGCGCUUCACCUUACAGGGCCUGUCAAACCGCAGGUCUCUCCCCGCAGAACCCACACCUAAGGAAACAGAGGUCACACGCCGCUUUUCUUUAGCCUCGACUGUCAGCUCCUCCUCUGCACCGCGCAAUAAAGUUCCUCUCUCCUCUAGCCUUAAGAGCAAGAGGCAUCAGAUCAAGAGCGACCCUACACCGUUCGGCUAUGAAGACACCAUGCGAGGUGCACUUCCUGCUGAGAGCAAAAGUAAAGGUACUGCCGGUACCAAGCCCGCUGUGCCGAGGUCUGCGUCUCAACCAGGAUGGAGUCAACGGCGUCUGCCAUCAAUGGACGCUGAGGAUUUUGAGACCAUUCCUUCAAGUGCUGAAGAUCUCUCCAUUUCCUCAGAUGGAGAGGAUGAAGGACAUAACAAAAACGGGGAUAAUGAUCGCUAUCAGGUGCAGCUGACGUACGAGUCAGGUACUGCUCAGGAACUUUCCGUCGAGGCAGGAGAUUUAGUACAGUUCCUAGAAGAGUCGGAGAACGGCCACUGGCUAGUCAAGAACCUUAGAACUCAGAAGACAGGACUGGUGCCGCCCACUGUCCUGCAGUCCACAGCAGAGGGAGUAGACCUUUACAGUAACUCUGAUAUCUUUAGUGACCUCUGCACCGCUGCCCUCACCGAUACAGAGGAGGUAGAUGACAGCACCGGGCCGCGUCCCGCUCAGGACGGCAGAUUUGCAUGCUAAACGCACCGUGAUGUGUCCUCGCCUUCCGUAGUGCUCAUACACCAUACUCGACAACAGCUCGACAUCUUUUGUUAUACUACUCAGACAUCUGCUCCGCUGAAGGAACUGACCGAUCAGAACGUAUUCCACAUAACAUUGACAACAUUCUGUAAUCGUGAGUCAGAAACUCAGCAUGAAGCCUUCACUCUUUCCCUCUGCUGUGCCUUAGCAGCAAACGCAGGGGCAUUUGAAAAGAAAUAUCCGGAUCUCUGUGAACGCUGAUAUCUGCAACGAGGCUGCCAUUUGAAAACACUGAGAGGAAGAGACUUUAGACCUUUCUGUCCUGCUGAAACUUUCUUAAUGGGAUAGUUCACCCCCAAAAAAAUAAAAAAAAUAAUAAUUUACUCACUCAUGUUACUCCAAACUUCUAUAAAUAUCUUUCUUCUGCUAAAGAAGAUAUUUUGAAGAAAUAGCCACUGACUUCCAUUAUAUUUUUUUUUCAAUGACUACCAGUUCCUUCAAAUAUACUUGAUUGUUUCGUUGUUUAUUGCUUGUUUGCUUAUGAGACUUUCGGUCAAAAACACAGCACUUUUGAUGAAUUAUUAUUCUCUAAUGUAAUGUACAAUAUUUAUACUCUCUUUUAUAUUAAAUGAAAGUUGUAUGAGCCUACUGUAAAGCUUCGUUCCUCUGCUGUUUGUAAAGCUGAAUAUCUUUAAUCCUCUUCAAAUAUUUGCCUCUAAUCAAUCGUUAUCACGUUCUGGUUGUAGAUAUAAUCUGGAAACCUAGUAAAAAUGUGGGAUAUUUACUCUGGAGAUGUUUUUCUAUGUAUUUCAGGAAAUAUGAUUGUUGUAGCAUAAAUAUUCCAGCUGUACUGUAAAAGCAUCUGAUACUGUUAUUUUAAUGAAUGUUGUCAGUUUGUGCUAAAACUAAUACAGAAAUCAGAUGUACUGUAUCCUUCCUGCUUUGACAUGAAGAACUGGAUGACAGCGAAUGUCGUAAUGAUGCCAAAAGUUUUGUCUCAUAACCGCAGAUAUCCACAUAUGAUUGCGAUUUAACGAUGAUCAUUACUUUCCGAUAGUUUCUUAAAUGUAAAUAUCUAAGCACAAAGAUUUGAUAUUGAAUGCUGAUGUGAUUCUUGGUAGUAUCAUCAUCAUUUUGAAAGCUUCCUUACAGACGAUAUGUAUUACAUAACUGUACAUUUCCAAAUGCAUAAUGAAAUACAUUCAUUAUAAAACAA